UAGUCCUUAAACCAGUAGAAACCAUGAUAUUGCUGUAUGAGCUGCAGAAACGUCUGGCCAAUCUAAGGCCCACCACUACGAUUGUGACCACACCCACCGGCGCCCGUUACAUUGAACGGCGCAGAUCCUCAACCGGAGAGGACAGCAGUCCAGAACAGCUGGAAGCACGCCAAUACGGAUUCGUUGUGGAUACCAAACCCGAUGCCGUGCCAGCAUGCAUUUUGAGCGAAUUCCUUUAUUUAGGCUCCCAGGACGCCGUUACUCCGGAAAACAUCUCAAAGUAUAAAUUAACGCACAUAUUAAGCGUUGGCAUUGAAACGCCCAACGUUGAGCUGCCGCCAACGGUUAAGUGCAAGCAUUUGCCAUGCCUGGAUCUGCCAGAAACGAAUAUACUGCAAUAUGUGCUGCCCGUUGCCAUUAACUUCAUAGAGGAGGCGUACGCCGUAAAGGGAUGUGUGCUGGUCCACUGCAAUGCGGGCGUAUCGCGAUCCGCAGCAGUUGUCAUCGGUUAUCUGAUGCAGCGACGUGACAUGUCCUUCGAGGAGGCCUACAAUCUGGUUAAGUCGUGGCGGCCAUGCAUACAGCCAAACGCCGGAUUCAUGCAGCAGUUAAAAAAAUUUCAUAACACAUAGUUGGUAAUACUAAAUAGUUGAUAAUGCUGUAAGUUGUAAGCAAUAUUUGUUUAAUUAAUAACUUAUUUGUGUUGUAAGAUUGAAUUGACUUGAGGACAUCAAGUUCUUAUAACUUAAUUCGAAUGGGAUAACGACAGAAUUUCACACAAACUAUCUCCACCGUACUACAAAUAAUGUUUUUUACUUGCAAACCGACCCCGUUUCUCAAUUGCCAAUUGAUAGCAGUUUGAUAGCGGGAGUAAAAUUUAGUUUAAUCCAAUUGCUAAGAAAGCAUCUAAAAUAUAUAUUAUAUCCUUUCAGACUCGCCCGGGUCAGCAGCUCCUAAUAAAACCAUAUUCAUAUUGAGUACCGGGGUCAAA